UUCCGCUUUCUAUUCUCCUCAGCCUCGCCUCCAAAUUAACCAAGACCAAGACCUUCCUCCAGUCCAUCGGCGACAGCAACCCCCUCUCACCCAAGGAAGAGGAGCGUUCUGCACCCCCUCUCCAGCCACGCCCUUCCCCCUCCUCGAGCCCCAUCUUGGCCAGUCCCACACACAGGAAAGUGUCCUCCUCAGCGAACCAGCACAAGGAGAUUGCCUUUCAGCAGUCUACUGAGAGGUUCCAGCCUCCGCCGGGAACUUCACCUUCGCCUGGAGCUUGUUCACCUGAUAAUGGGGGAUUUUCACAAGAGAGUGAAGAAAUCGAAAUUGAUUCCAGGCUCGAUGAUGUGAUUGAAGCUACAAAGACCGCUUGCAAGCAAAUCUCAGAAGACCCUAAGACCCGUUACACCCCCAGCGCCAUGAGAGGUGUUCUACAGACUUGGGUUGAUAAGCUAGAAGAGACAUGUGACUGUGAAGGCAUCAACCCGUCACAUCUGCCAGUGAUCAUCAGGGAGGAGGUUGGUCGCCUAGCAACACUAUGCUUUACUCUUGAUAUCUAUGCAAAUGGAGAUGGGCGUGCAGACGCUAGAGGAUCAGAGGAGGCUCCUCAAUCAGAAAUGGAGAAAGAGUUGGAUGAAUGCAGAUCUGUAUUCAUCAAGAAGCAUUUCAGAUUACUGGACAGACGGAGGAUCAUAGAGGUACAACAAUACAAGCAGAGCUGUUAUCAUGAAACAUUUAAAACUCUUCUACUGUGUGAAUGGGCAACAAACAACUUUCCUGAUGAUCAAGACAGCCAAGAUUUACAGGAAAGCAUUGAUCAGUUAUUGAGUGCCGACCUCAUCUCCAGAAAUCUGCCGCAGUAUCUCGGCUGUCUGCAAAGGCUUUGCAGCUUAGAUUCCCAGAAAGCUUUGGAUAUGAUGAUAUCGGACUAUCCAUCCAUCAGCCCUUGGCAUGUUUAUCAGAUACUACAUGACCAGCCCAAGGAUCUCAUCCUGCAUUAUGUAGAAGCUUUCCCAAGGACUCACCCACAUAGCAAUAGGACAAAAUUCAUAGAUGAAGUGAUGGCAUUAAAACCACUGGUUUUAAGUUUAGCAGAAGCUGCAGUGACCUUUGACAUGCCAAGACCCAGUGACCUAUUUUGUGAUUGCGGCAAACUUCCAAAGCUUGGGAGUCACCUGAUAACAUGGUCACAUGACCUGAUCCUUGACCUGAUCCUGACCUCCGGUAGUGCUCCUGUAGAUGAUCUGUUACCUCUGUUCUUGAGGGCAGGCUACUGGAGGGGGGCAGUCGUCCUGUUACGCAGGGAGAAAGAUCGCAAGAUGGACGCUCUGAAGAUCUGCAUUCAACUUGGAGAAGUUGCAUUAAUUGAUAAAGACUUGAUACCUGCUACUGAGGAAGAAUGGAAAACAGUUUUGGGAUGGAUGAAGAAAUGUCAGCCAUCUUGCAAGGGAAAGGAACGUCUAUCUCAGAGAAAUUGCUUGAAUUGUGGAGCCAUUCUGUCCUCUUGCGCUGUAAGGAGGACAUCCACAUCGACUUCCCAUGUUGACAGCGAAACAGGUGUGAGAGAAGCAGAGGGAACGGACGACAGUACUAAGCCUGAAUGUGAUUGGUCAAUCACGGAGGCACCACAGCCAAAGGACCAAUCAGAAGGCUUGACAGAAAAAUUAGAGGAGAGUGAGAUCAGUACAAUCCAAAGGGACAGUCACUUGGAUGGAUUGUGCAUCUCAUUAGAAGAAGGCAAUGAAACUUGCAGUACUCUUCAAGAAAAUGUACGAGAGGACCUAGCUUCAACUCACCCCCGGUCGAAAGCGACUGUUUCUGAUUUGUCACCUACGGUCACAUGGCAGAGGAUAGCCUUCCUGUUGGUCAGCCACCUUGGUGCUUUGAAAGGGGUAAAGCUUUUGAGAGAGGUUCGGGUUCCUGAUGGAUUUCUAACCAGGGAGUUUAAUCAGAUGUGCAUCUAUGCUUGCAUAUGGGAGAGAAGGCAAAGCUUGCUAAGCCAUGCGAUGAUAGAAGGAACAGAUACUUAUCUCUGGUCUAAAAGACACCCCCUUCUGGGACCGGUCCUACAACACACCAUGAUGAAGGAGUACCAGGAUAGCAUGGAGGGGUGCAAUGAUACCAGUAGUCAGGAGGAGAGGGUCCUCCAUGUAAAGAAGCUUCUAGCCCAAGGAAAUCACUUCAUUGAAGAUCCUAGAACUCAUUGGGGUCAGUUUACCAACUUAAGCAGGAUAUGCUCCUUGUGUCAGCACCCUCUUUCACAGAACCUCUUUCAAGAAGCUGCUGGCUGUUUGAUAUUCCCUUGUGGCCAUGCAUUCCAUAUACCCUGCAUUCCGGAAAAGGCGUGUACCUUCUGUUACUAUGGCAACCAAGAGAAGCACACCUGAGCAUGCAUCAGUCUAUCAACCAUCUACAAAUAAGGCAUGUAGAUGACCCGGGUCCUUUUUUUUUAAGUUGUCACAAUUCAUGAGAAUAAUUUCUUUACAGUUGGCUAGCCCAUGCACAUUGACAGUUGUGCUCAAAAGUUUGUGAACCCACCACAAAAUACACUCCUCUGUGCCGAGUGUAGAAUGUACAUGUAGUCAACAACACUACAAUGUUCAGUGGCGAGCCCAGACAAACAAACUUAAAGGUCAAGUCCACCUCAGAAAAAUGUUGAUUUGAA